UUCUCCUUUCUGAAUUGCAGGGCAAAAAUGUAUAUGUCUGGUUGCUAACGUGAAUUGUGGACUGAGUAUGGUGGAAAAAACAGAUCGCGCAGAAGUUAAUAUUAUCACCAGAAUCUGAAGACUACGAAAAUUGCUUCUCAGUGUUGUCAUGGACUCUUCUGCAGAAAAGAAUCUGUAAAAUUACGUGAAUAGAGACCGAUUUUCAAAGCAAUGGGAGAAAGAGCAAAAAGUCCAGAUACUGAUCAAGAAAGGAAGGCAGACAAACCCCAUUAUUCUUACUAUUCAUCUGAUUUUGGAACUUCACCACAGUCUUCUGGCCACUCAUCGCCAGUCAGUCCUUCAUCUACAACUGUUAAAGAAAAAAAUCCUAAAAGACACAUUUCAGAUAGCCAGGUGUAUCACCAAGCCUCUAGGAAACCAAGCCCUAAGGGUCUACCGAACAGAAAGGGAGGCCGAGUGGGAUUUCGCUCCCAGAGCCUCAAUAGAGAGCCACUUCGUAAAGAUACUGAUCUUGUUACAAAACGGGUUCUCUCUGCAAGACUGCUAAAAAUCAAUGAGUUGCAGAAUGAAGUAUCUGAGCUCCAGGUCAAGUUAACUGAGCUGCUAAAAGAAAAUAAGACUUUGAAAAGACUUCAGUACAGACAGGAGAAAGCCCUGAAUAAGUUUGAGGACACAGAAAAUGAAAUCUCACAACUUAUAGUUCGUCAUAACAAUGAAAUUACAGCACUCAAAGAACGCUUAAGAAAAUCUCAAGAGAAAGAACGGGCAACUGAGAAAAGGGUGAAAGAUACAGAAGGUGAACUAUAUAGGACAAAAUUUUCCUUACAGAAACUGAAAAAGAUCUCUGAAGCUAGACACCUACCUGAACGAGAUGAUUUGGCCAAGAAAUUAGUUUCAGCAGAGUUAAAGUUAGAUGACACCGAGAGAAGAAUUAAGGAACUAUCAAAAAACCUUGAGCUCAGUACCAACAGUUUCCAGCGACAGUUGCUUGCUGAAAGGAAAAGGGCAUUUGAGGCUCAUGGUGAAAAUAAAAUUCUUCAAAAGGAGCUACAACGACUGUAUCACAAAUUAAAGGAAAAAGAGAGAGAAUUGGAUAUAAAAAACAUAUAUUCUAAUCGCCUGCCAAAGUCCUCUCCAAAGAAAGAAAAAGAACCCACAUCUAAAAAAAAUGCUGCAUGCCAGAGUGAUUUCACUGACCUGUGUACAAAAGGAGUACAAACCACUGAGGACUUCCAGCUGGACGGAUUUCCCAUAACACCACAGACAAUGACAUGUUAUGAAAACAAAUGGGAAGACCCAGAACGUCUUCCUCUGGACUUUGAAUCCCAAGAACAAGACAAGCAUGAAGAAGCAGGGAUUCUAAACACAACAGUGGAAAGAGAAGGAAAAUUCAUUAAACCUCAAGUACUCCAUGUUGUAAAACAAGAGGAAGAGAAGCUGCAGGAUGUGUGGAAGAGAGAAGAACUUAAUAAAAAGCAAACAGAAAAGACAUCUUUACUGGAAAGAGAAGAAAGGCCAGAGUUUGAAACUGGAAGGCACCAAAUGGAUAUGUAUCAGGUUCAGAGUAUUGAUAGACUGGAAGAAGAGGAAGAGGAAAGAUUGAAAAGAGAAAUGCUACUUGCAAAACUAAAUGAAAUCAAUAGAGAACUCCAAGAUCCUCAUAAUCAAAAACACCCUUCUUUGCCAUUGAUACCUGAUUUAGAAACAAAACUGCACUCCCCAAAGAAAAGCCCUAAAACAUAUAUGUUCUCUGAAUCCUCAGAGAGGUUAUUUAAUGGACAUUAUUUACAAGACUUUGGUUUUUUAACUCCAAAAAGAGAGGGUCAGAAUCCAGGAAAUGCCAGAAGUCCAACCUCUCCAAAUGAGUUUGCAUUUGGUAGCUAUGUGCCUUCAUUUGCAAAAACAUCAGGGAAAUCAAAUCUGUUUUACCAAAAAAGUGACCUUUUGGAUUUCCAAAGAAAUAGUGUGGAAAAACUCAGUAAAGACAGUGUAGAUGUCAUUACUAGAAAAGAGAAGAAAGCUAACCUGAUGGAACAGCUAUUUGGUGCCAGUGGCGGCAACACCAUUUCUUCUAGAAGCAAUGACCCAAAUUCCCUGACUGCUGGUAAAGGAGACUUUGACCCUCUAGAUUUUCUCUCUGGUGAUAGAAGCAGCAGGGAUAGAGAACAUGAUGAAGAUGAAGACUUUUUCCUCAGUGAAGGACGAAGUCUUAAUCCAAAUCGACACCGAUUAAAACAUGUAAACAAUAAACCAGCAGUAAAAGCAGUUGAUUCUGUAGAAGAAGAAAUUGAAGAAGUAGUACUGAGAUGACUCAAAUAUACAUGUUUCUGAUUGUAAAUAUUAAAAUAAUUUUUUAAAGUAUUUAUUAUAAACCUUUAGACUUUUUAACAUUAAAAAGUCCUCAUGAAGGAAUGAUUUUUGAAUAGCUAAAGUGCAAUGAAAAAGAAGUGGAUCAUAUCCAUCACCAUAUAACUAGUUUGCUGAGAAUGAAGGAGUCUUUUUUGAAAGAAACCAAAAAAUAGAGAUAGACUUAACUUCUUGCUGACUUUUUAAUUUGCAAAUAUGUUUUGCCUCUUAAACCAGCUCUAUGGGAAGUUUUGCUCCACUGGAAGUCGCAUUCAUUUCCUACUGUCAUCUCAAAGUGUUUAUUUUUCAUUAUAUCCUUACCGCGCCAAGUACGGUUUUCCCACCAUCGUUGAAUGGGAAGUAAAGGUGAAAGACUGUCAGGAAGUGUAGCUCUCAGAGGGUAGGUAACCAGUACUGCUUAGGAGCCCUGUCCUUUAUGGAGAGGGGCAGGGUCCUUUGUCUUAAAUGGCAAGACUGAGCUACUCUUGAGCGGUAGCAGUGAUAACGUUCCCAGUUGCAAGUUUCCUGAAAUCACUCCCUACAACUCUGUCCGCAUUUUAGGCUGAAUUCAGAAGACAUUGUUUGCAUGGACAGUUCCCCUGUCAUGGCUCCCAGAGGUUUUGGUACAGUGUAACUCCUCUUUGUUCUCCUGCAUUCUUUUUUUUCCUCAGUGACUGAGAGUGAUUGGGUGUAUUUUAUACCAAGUACACGGAAUAGAAGAAGUACAUAACAAGUGCAAGGAAUAGAAAAAAUUUUAUCCUGAUAAAGGAAGAUUUUCAACUCAAUUAUGUUUCCAGAGUAAUGCAAUUUGGAAAUUUUAAUAUGUGCUUUAAGAUUUGAACUUGUCCUCAAACCAAAAAAAAAAAAAAAAAAAA